AAAACUCCCCAAAUCGCUGUGUCCUCACUGCAAAAACUUCCCUUUUUGGCGGAAAAUCCCCAUUUUUAGCACCCAUGUGGAUUUUGGGUCUGUCGGCUGAUUUUUUUUGUGUCCUAGAGGUGUGUGCGUGAUCCAAGUUGGCUUGAAUUCCCUUUGAUUUACAGGUUCGAAGCAGAAAAUGUAGAUUAUUUUUUUAAAAAAGGGAUUUUUUUUUCCCCCAGCAUGGGGAAAAAAUAGGGGUUUAUGUGAUUUUUCCAGAAAUACUGAUUUCUGAGAGCGAUAUUUUGGGGUGAGAGGAACUGCUUUGAGAACGUGAAACAUCCCGGGCGCCUGACCAUGGGCGUUUUGUGCUGCUUGCGGGUGCUUUUUGUGCAUCACUAACGCAUUUUUCCUGACGGCAAAAAAAAAAAGAAGAAGUGCUAACUUUCUGCAAAACGCAGACAAAUUGCCAAAUUUCUAAUAAUAGUCCUCCCUCCCCCCUUCUUUUUUUUUUUUUUUUUGCAUUUAUUUGCACUUCUUUUCCUGUUCAGACUUCGGCCUUUCCCAGGGCUCGUGUGUCUCCGGGCGAGCUCAAGCCGUGCAGGAAAACACCGCUCGGGGCUAGAAGUGACCCAAAAAGGACCAAAACCACCCCAAAAAAAGGGAUUUACAUCAAAGCGGGAGCAGAGGCGAGCCUCCGGAGGUGGCCGGCAGGAUGCUGAGGUGUGAGUUAUUCCUCACCGCCACCCUCCUCUUCCUCGGCCGUGGAAGCAGCGGGGCUGAUGGACCUGCCAAAAUCCUGUCGGUGGGAGUGAUGGGAAGGAGACCUCUGCAGCCCCCAGCCGCCAGCUGGAGCUUUCCCCGGAGGAAGCGAGAUGUGGAGCCACCUUCAUACCUGAAGUGGGUGGCUUUUGAAGGCAAGCUGCCCGCCGAUGCCGUCUCCAACUGGAACGACUAUGCCAAGAGGAUGGAGUAUGUCUGCUCAACAGGAGUGCUCGGCUGCAACACUGGUGCCUACGUCCCCGACCGAGGUCCCUUCUGCUUCUUCCCGUUUGCAGAAGGGGAGCAGAGCACCCCCACCUUCAAGGUGUUAGUCAACGUGGGAGACUUUGAGGCGCUGGACUGGGUGGACGCCUCCUUCGGCAGCGUGCCCGAAAACGCCGUGGAGGGCUGCCCAUCCGUUGAUGUCUUCGUUGGGAGGAACCGCUAUGGCUUGGGCAAGGUCACCAAAGAGCAGAGGGCUGCCUUCGUAGUGGUGGAUGGUGAGGAGGUUUGGUACAAGUGGUACCAAGUCUUGGUGGUCAAGAAGGGCCCAGCAGACAUCACCAUCUCCGAUGUCCGCUACAACAUCAGCGGGGCAGUGGAACACGGGGAGGACGUCACCCUGACGAAGACCACGAUGAAGAAUGAGGGCUGCCAAGGGGUGCGGAAAGCUGUCACCUUGGAGGAGGCCACUGAGAUGGAGCACGACUGGGAGAUAGACCAGAGGGUCUUCGCCACCAUCCGUGGGGUGUUGCGAGCCGCCGUCUUGGCCUUCAAUGGGACGGGCUGGGAGGUCACCAAUGUCAACAACAUCCCCUGGGUGGGGGGAGCCAGCACCAGCGAGUAUGUUGUCCAUACCCGCGUGAUUGAGGAGGAGGUGCGGCCCCAGAUGGUGUGCACGGUGGCCCUGGAGGGACGCCGGUUGGACGUCCGCGUCCCUUUCACCGCGCAACUGACCCGUAAUUUUGGCGACGGUCAAGCGCACCAUGUGGCUGUGACGGGGUGGGCUCGCAGCCGGGCGGUGGUGGGUGUCAGGGCCAGUGUCAAGCAGUGCUGGCCCAUCACCGAUGUCUCACCAUGCCGGGCGUAGAGGAUGGUGAGGUGGGUUGGUGCAUCCGGCACGUUCUACUGUGACACAGGAUGCAAUGCCACGCGAUUUUUUGCAAUCUUUCUUCUGGGUUUGUUUUUGUUUGUUUCCCCCCCAAUAACUACCAUCUCACCCCAAAACAGGAUGGCAGCAACUUGGAAUGCAGAAAAAUGUAUUUUUUUUGGCCUUCCAUAUUUUUCAUUUUCAUGGCAUAACCUUCAUCCCUCUCUGAAACGACAUGGCAACAACGCAGAAUGCAGAAAAACGUGGGGUUUUCCGUCUUUAUUUUCUAUUUUCUCCAAAAUAAGCUCCAUCUCUCCCCCAAAAGACACAGCAACAACGUGGAAUAUAGAAAAAUGCUGGAUAUCGCAGUCUGCAUUUUCUAUUUUUUUCCCCAAUAACCUCCGUCUCUCCCUGAAACAGGACGGUACCAGCAUAGGAUGCAGAAAAAUGCAUUUCUUAUAGUCUCUAUUUUUCCUUUUUUCCCCCAUAACUUUCGUCAAUCGUCUCUCUCCAACCUGGCAGAGCUGCCGCCUGUUGAGGAACCUCUCUCCACCCAGAGCUGGAUGGACAUAAUUUCCUGCUGCGAUGCCUGUGUUAUCUUUUCCUCUUGGGUUUGAUGAAAAAUGCUUGCAGAGCAAACAAA